AUGUCUUUGCUUAGGCAAAUUGCUAAUAUUUGUGGCUGUGGCGAACGUAGUAGUGAUAUUAUUGAUGAUACUUGUGGCUACGGGAUUCCCCGUAGUAAUAUCUUCAAUGAUAAUUGUAGCUACGCGUUUCGUCAUAGUAAUAUUAUUUUAAAAUUGGCUCUGUUCCUCGGAACAGUGUUUACUCUUUAUAAUAUCGGACGGAAGAUCUUAUCUUUGUGGAAUGGAACGCCUGAACUGACGUCACCCGACGUCAGUGAAGUCAACUCAAACACCUUUGAUAUCCCUGAGGACAUUAACAACGCCGUAUCGACUUUGAAGGAUGUCUACGAAACGAACUUGGAAACUCUCGAAGUGGAAAUGGAACUGGUUCGAAGCGAAAACACUCGUCUGCGAGCGACGUUGCUCGAGAAGGAAAAUUUGUUUGACCAAAUGACUGAAAACAUCGACAGUUUGAGGCGAAGAGUUAUCGAGGAUUUCGAAGGAAGAAUGGACAGACUGGAUCAUGAAAAUAGUCAGUUGAGAAUGGAACAACUGGAGCGAUCUCGAGAGGCCGAAGAAUUUCAACAUAUAAUUGGCCGUCUUGAAGAGGAGGUCCAGGCUUUGGCAGAAGACAACAGGAAACUGGAGACUGAAAAUGUUGCCAAGGAUAAAGUGAUGGAAAAUCUCCAAGAAAGCAACAUGCAGUGUGAAGCGAUGAAGAAUGGUUUGCAGCAAGAGGUCAGGAAUCUCAGCCGACAGAACUCUGAAAUGGAGAUAAAUGUGGCCGAUCUGAAGAAAGAAAAGACUGAGCUGGAAGAAAAGAUGGCAAAUUUGGGAAAGGAAUUUAAAAAGGAAGUUCAUGACCUCGAGCAGAGGCUGAGUCACUCUCAAGAUAUAAUUAUAGAAAAGGACUUAGAGAUUGAAAGGUUUAACAAAGAGGCGACAGAAAAGGAAGAAAAAAUAGAAGAUUUGGAGAAUAUUGUGCAGAAUUUACUCGAAGAAAACAAGAAAAUUAAAAAUGAAAUGGAAUACAAAGUAAAUGACCUUCGUCAAGAGCUCAGUAAACAGCAGGAUCUCAGUAAGGAGGAGACUGAAAAGUUUGAAAAAGACAUAUUAGAAUUUGGACAAACGAUUGAAGGUCUGGAAAGUGAGGUCGUCUCAUUGAUGAAAGAAAAGGAAAGCUUGAAGAUUGAAACGGAAAAGGAAAUGAACGACCUCUUAUCUGUGAAUAUGGAAAAGGAAGAGCAGCUGGAACUAUCUAAAAAAGAAGUCAUUGAAUGUGGACAAACAAUUGAAGGCCUGGAAAAUGAGAUCGUCUCAUUGAUGAAAGAAAAGGAAAGCUUGAAGAUUGAAACUGAAAAGGAAAUGAACGACCUCUUAUCUGUGAAUAUGGAAAAGGAAGAGCAGCUGGAACUAUUUAAAAAAGAAGUCAUUGAAUGUAGACAAACGAUUGACGGUCUGGAAAAUGAGGUCGUCUCCUUGUUGAAAGAAAAGGAGAGCCUGAAAACUGAAAUGGAAAAGGAAAUAAUGUACCAGAAAGAAGAGAUGACUAAUCUGCAGGAUAUGAAUUUAGAAAAGGACGAGGAGAUUGACAAAUUGAAAGAGGAGGUAAUUGAAAGUAGAGAGACAGUUGAAGUUCUGGAAAAUGAGAUCGUCUCCUUGAUGAAAGAAAAGGACAGCCUGAAAAUUGAAAUGGAAAAAGAAAUAACCGACCUAAUAUCUCUGAAUAAGGAAAAGGAAGAGCAGCUAGAACAAUUUAAAACAGAAGUCAUUGAUUGUGAACAAACGAUUGAAAGUCUGGAAAAUGAGGUUGUGAACUUGAUAGGAGAAAAGAGGAGCCUGGAAACUGAAUUGGAAAAGGAAAUAAUGUACCUGAAAGAAGAGGUCGCUAACCAGCUGGAUAUGAAUUUAGAAAAGGACGAGGAGAUUGAAAAAUUGAAAGGAGAGGUAAUUAAAAUUGGAAAGGCAAUUGAAGGUCUGGAAAAUGAGGUCAUCGAGUUGAUGGAGGAUAAUGAGAAGAGGAAAACUAAGAUGGAAAAGGAAAUAAAGGACCUCAAAGAAGAGUCGAUGAACCUCCAAUCACUGAACAUGGUAAAGGACGAGGAGAAUGAAAAUUUGAAAAAAGAAAUAAUUGAAAUUGGAAAGGCAAUAGAAGGUCUGGAAAAUGAGGUCAUCGAGUUAAUGGAGGACAAUGAGAAGAGGAAAGCUAAGAUGGAAAAAGAAAUAACAGACCUCAAAGUAGAAUUAAUUUACCUGCAGGAUAUGAAUUUGGAGAAAGACAAGGAGAUUGAAACAUUCAAAAAGGAAGAAUUGGAAUUUGUAGCGACAAUUGAAGCUCUGGAAAAUGAGGUCAUCGAGUCGAUGAAGGAGAAUCAGAAAAGGAAAACAGAUAUGAAAGGGGUAAUGAACAACCUCAAAGAGUUGAUGAAAGAGUACGAUAUGAAUAUGGAAUAA